UGUCUGUAAUUCAGCUGAGCGUGCUGCUCAAACGCUACAUUGCCAACGUCACUGAACGCCAACUCCAGCCCCAUGUCACCCAUCUAAUGUUUGAACACCGUUUGUUGAGGAUUCACUGAAGAUAACCCCCCACUUCAAGUUCAGGGGAAAAGAAUAAACCCAUCUCCAAACCAAGGAAGUGGAGGCUGAUAAGGCCGCUGUUAUGGAUAAGGAUAUUGGCUCUCCGGCGUCUCACUGCGAUACAAGAUGGUCCCAGCAACUGUCAGGGCUUCCUCACAAACUCCUGCAGCGCCUCAUGCCGUUCCAAAGGGAGGGGGUGGAAUUCGCUAUAUCCAAGCGUGGACGAUGUAUGAUUGCUGAUGAGAUGGGCCUUGGGAAAACGGUGCAGGCGAUCGCGGUGGCCUACGCAUACAGGAAGGAGUGGCCACUUCUGGUGGUGGUGCCCUCCUCGCUAAAGUAUCCCUGGAUAGAAGAGCUGGAAAGGUGGAUCCCUGAGCUGCAGCCAGGCGACAUCAACCUGGUGGAGAACAAGAGUGACACCAUGGGCAUCAGUGGCAGCAAAGUGACGGUGCUGGGCUAUGGCCUUCUCACUACAGACGCCCGACCCCUGGUGGAGGCUUUGACGAGACAGCAUUUUGCCGUGGUUGUUGUUGACGAGUCCCAUUACCUGAAGUCCAGAAAUGCUGCGCGCUCCAAAAUUCUGGUGCCUCUUAUUCAGAAAGCGAAGCGAGCCAUUCUUCUCACUGGUACCCCGGCUUUGGGUCGCCCUGAGGAGCUUUUCAUGCAGAUUGAUGCUCUUUACCCAAAGAUGUUUGGAAGCUGGACUGACUACGCCAAGAAAUAUUGUAAUGCUCAUUACAGGUACUUCGGGCCUCGUAGACAGUGGGACUGUCGCGGAGCAUCUAACCUGGAGGAGCUGCAUCAGCGACUCAGCCAGAUCAUGAUCCGCCGUCUUAAAGCGGAGGUGCUGACUCAGCUACCCCCCAAAGUCCGGCAGCGCAUUCCAUUUGACUUGCCCAAAGAGACAGCAAAGGAAGCUACAACGAGCUUUGCCCAGUGGGAACGUCUGAUGAAAGAAAUGAGUUCAGGGGUCGCCACCACGGAUAACCCCUUCACUGAGGUCAUGAGCCUGAUCACACAAAUGUACAAGCAAACGUCGAUUGCCAAGGCGGGAGCUGUGAAGGACUACAUUAAGAUGAUGCUGGAGGCUGAGCAGCUGAAGUUCCUAGUGUUCGCCCACCACCUCACCAUGCUGCAAGCCUGCACCGAGGCCGUCAGCGAGGCCAAGGCUGGUUACAUUCGCAUCGAUGGCAGUGUCCCGUCAGCUGAGAGGAUCCAAUUGGUGCACAAGUUCCAAAAUGACCCUGAAACCAGAGUUGCCAUCCUCAGCAUCCAGGCCGCUGGACAGGGUUUGACCUUCACCGCUGCCAGCCACGUGGUGUUUGCCGAGCUCUACUGGAACCCGGGCCACAUGAAGCAGGCAGAGGACCGUGCCCACCGCAUUGGGCAGACGUCCUGCGUCAACGUGCACUAUCUUAUCGCCAAGGGCACCUUUGACACGGUCAUGUGGUCCUUGCUCAACAGGAAGGAAAAUGUAACCGGCAGUACGCUUAAUGGAAGGAAGGAGUAUCUAAAUGCUCAAGAGGGUGACAAGGACAAGUGGGAGUUCCUGAACUUUGCCACUGCCUGGACGCCCAGUGACAUGGUGCUGCCUGCUGACGCGAGUAUGACACAUGGAAACGUGUUCUUUACACAUUUUGAAAAGGAGAAGCAGCAUGACAUUCGGAACUUCUUCUCACCGGGCGCUGGCAAUGAGAAGAAGAGGAAGAGAACAGAAGAUGAAACUUCUCCUAUCUCCUUGGACACGAUGGCUACACCAAAGAGAACGUCUGAAGAGAAAUACGAUGAGAAGUCUGAUGCCUCCACCAAAAAAGACCUAGAUUUCUCCCCGCAGAUGAAGAGGUUACGGACACCGAAGGCCGGCGUGAAGACCACGGCUGGGGAGAAGCACAAGUCGGCUGCAAGAGUUAAUGGACUGGUCAUGCUGCCGAGGAAGUUGUCAGAGCCUCAACCUGAGACGUGGGCCUGCGGUUCCUGCACCUACACCAACAGUUACCUGCUGCCUUACUGUGAGAUGUGCGAGCUCCCACGCUCGUCUUGCCGUGUCACAUCAGAUUCAUCUUCGACCCAGGUAGAUCCGACGCCCAUCGUCUCGUCCGGCUCAGAUAAUGAGCUGCAGCUGAGCUGUGGAGAGGACCAGACUUCUAAAUCCUCCCAAGAUGAGCAGGUCGAGGCUGAGAACGUCGAGGAGGUGCCUGUGGAAGACAAACUGAUAGUCGCAGCGGAAGAGGACAAGCGGCUGCUGAAAGACCCAAAAACUGCUGUAAAUUCGCCUUCUGCUGUCGAUGCAAAUGACGACGAUAGCGAUGGUGCGAGUGCUGGAUACCCCAUGUACCCGGGCCUGAAGUUCUGCGCCAGCCAGCACACGGACAGGAUUUAUCUCUACUCCAAGGACGAUACGCCGCUGAACUUGAGCUUCGUCCCUCUGGACAUCAAACUUACCAACUGGGACGACCUGCCGGAGGCCUUCUGUCGGCGGAAGGAAAAUCGAAUACAGGUUCUGCGCUUGGUUCAGGAGUGGAGCAGCCUGGCAGCCAUGAAGCAGAAGCUGCUCCGUCGCAGCGGACUCCUUUUCCACAGCCCGACUCUUGGCUUGCAGCAGCUGGCCUCUACCCAACGCCCUCACACCAGCACCAAGAGGUAUCUCAGUCGAGACGAGGUUGCUCAAGAGUCCCUGAACAAAGUCCAGCAGGAUGGAGGCAGCGUCCGGCUGGUCACCAAAGAAAACUUCUUCUCGAAGAGAAAGUCAUCCUCAUUACUUAAAUCUCCUGCGGCUGAAAGGCAGGACGACAACACUCGUGAGUCCGUGGAGGCGGAGCAGCAGUCACCUGACUCCGGUUACCUGCAGGCGGUGGACAGUAAUGGCGUCCCUCUGUGCUUGACCUGCCAGCAGCCCUGCUCCAGCACCGGCGGGGCGUGGGACACAAGAUUCUGCAGCUUCAGGUGUCAAGAGGAGUUUCAGCUGCGCUCCAACCAGACAUACAUGCGCUCACGUGUGCUGGAAGUAGAACAGGGCAUAUGUCAGCACUGUGGCGUCCAUGCCCACGACCUCUUCCAGAAGGUCCGGAACGCUCCACCAUCCCAGCGGAAGGAGAUGCUGGAGAAUACCUGGCUGGCUCAGCUGUCCCUCAAGCAGCUGAACGAGAUGAUCCGCGCCCCAGUUGAAGGCGAUUUUUGGCAAGUGGACCACAUCCGACCGGUCUUCAGUGGAGGAGGACAGUGCUCGCUGGACAACCUGCAGACGCUCUGCACUGUGUGCCACAAAAACAGGACAGCACAGCAAGCCAAAGACCGGAGCCAGAGGAGGAAGAGUGCAGCAGCCGCCAAGGUUGCAUCAGAUAUCACCAAAUUCUUCAUCAGGAAGUGAAGGAUCUGCACCAUUGGCUCUGGGAUCCUUGUUAAUCCGUGUGAUGAGCAAUGACUCUCCAUUCUCUGAACAUCUGAUUAGAGUAAAAACCCCUUUCCCAAUCACGCCGGGCUCUGCCGCUGGGUCGCCACAGAAUCAUAGAUUUAAAAACAAUGAAUGCAGAUUCAGCGGGCUCUGCUCUCGUCCCCGAACCGUCACCGGUGCCGCUCGUAUGAUUUAUGUCGGCCUCUUUCUUCCAUCCGUGGCUGAAAUGGAGCAGCUUGUUUAGAGACGUGCUGCUAUUUUAAGAAUGUGCAAACUGCAUAAAAUAAGCAGCAGGUGAGGGAUGAACUGGGGCCUCGGUGAUUACAACUGCGGCAGAAGAUUCAUGCGGAUCUUGUUCUUGUCGCCUGCAACAGGUUGGAGUGUGCGGUAAA